CGGGAGACAAGAUUUUGAAAUCGAAACUGCCGCAGCAUCAGUAGCGAACGGACGGUAAGCGAGUGCGGUAACGUUAUAGGUUGGCCCCGAUCGUCAGCAGCAUCCGGCAGCUGAUACGAAAGUGAGAGUGAGAGUGUGAGUGUGCGUUUAUGUGAUAAAGUGGUGCGAUAAGAAUCGACCCGGCGGGAACCCCGAAGUAAGAGAGGAAGCCGACAAGAUGUCUGGUGACACGCAGGCCAAGAAGCGGAAGGAUAAGAAGAGAAAGAAAGAUGAUGAAGAUACGGUGAAGGAAACGACGGUCCAUGCACCGAAGCAACCGUCAGCCGGUGCUGCCCAGGCCGCGAAGGAACCGGGCGAUGUGCAGAUGCACAUCCAGAGCGACCACGGCACUGGCGGCCACUGGUGUGCGAAGGUCGUGUUCUUCAUCCUGCUGGCCGGUCUCGGUGCACUGAUUGGGCUGAUCAUUAUGGAAAAUCAGGGCGUCUCGAACGAGGACACGCCACUGUCGGAAUCUCGGUACUCGGAGUUCUUCAACGGUUGGGUGGACGAAAACCGACAGGACGAUCAUCAUCACGAUGAAGUGCUGGCCGCCAUCAACUCGCUGGACGAUCACGACGAUGAGGGUGAUGCUCAUCACGCAGUGGAAGAUCACGAUGGUGGUGAUGAUGAUGGACACGAUCAGGACGGAGAUGAUGAUGAUCACGAUGAUGGUGCACCGUACGCAGAGGAGGAAGAUCACGACGAUGAGGAGGACGGUACGGAGGUGCAGGAUGAUGAUGAGGAUGAAGGACCGGCAUCGAAGCUGGAUGACGAUGAGGUAGAGGAGAUCUACACUCAGCAGGAAGCAGCGGAACAACAACAAGCGGCUGCUGCUGAUGACGAUGAUGAUGGAGAUGAUGAUGGGCAGGAUGAUGAUGACGAGGACGAUGAUGCCGGUGCCAACGAUCAAACCAAUGCUGUUGUUGAUGAUAAUGAUGAUGAUAAGAAGAAUGAGGAAACAGUUGUUGGACAGGAUAAUGAUAACGACCAGGACGACCAGGAUGAUGACGAUCAAAAUGACAAAAAUGAGGCGGAAGAUGAGACUGAUAACGUUGUGACGAAUAGUAAGACAGAUUUGGAAGAUGACAAUGAUGAUAAUGAUGAUGAACAGGAUGAAAAUGAUGAUGAUAACGAUAAAGAUAAUAAUGAUAAUGAAAAUGCUGCCGCGGAACAGGACGACGAUGAUGAGAAUGAAGAAGAUAAUAAUAAGAAUGUAGAUAGCGAAGAAGAACCCGCUGGAAAUGCUGACGACGAUGACGACAAUCAGAAUGAAGCAGCAAAUGAGGAUGAUGAUGACGAUCAGGAUGAUACUCCAUUCGAUGAAGUUAAGCGAUCUAAUGCUUUGAAUGAUAAUGCUAACCGAAACGUACCAACGAUCAACGAAGACACAGUGCAAACGUCGGUCCCUGAACCGGAACGAAAUCAGGUGCCUGUAACGACAACCGUCCCAUCGACCGAAGGAGCAGUUACGGGCGACACGCUCAAAGAUCAAAUGGACGAGUUAGUUCGAAACUAUAACAAACUAGCGGAGUCGUUAGACGUACCGAAGGUUGAGGAGGUUGUCGAUGUUCCGGACACGAUCGCGGCACAGGCGAAUGAGGACGCGAACGAUGAUGGUGAUGAGGAAGAAAUUCUGGAAGUUACCCGCGGAUCUCAGCCAGCAAACGACGAUGACGACGAUGAUGUGGAUGAUGAUGAUGCUGCAUUCAGCGAGCUCGUGGACAACGACGGAGGAGAAGAGGAAUAUCUGGAGAAGCUCCGUGCAGAGCAGCAGCGACGUGCAGCAGCGGAAGCAGAACGCAGAGCCGCUGCCGAGCCGGAAGAGGAAACUUCACUUACCGUAAAGAUCUUUGUCGGUGUCGCACUGCUCGGUGCUGCCCAUCUUCUUAUAACUAGUCCACGUGCCCCUACGAAAAAACCAACCAACCAAAGCGACGAUAAAUCCAACCCGAAGGUAGAUAAUGUACGUUCGGAUGGUGCCGUUUCGGCAAACGAUAAUGUCGCCGAGCAAAAGAAUGCACCGAACGUGCAAACGACCGCCACCAAAACGGUACUGGACGAUUUUGUUUAUGCAGGUCCAACGGAACAACAGGAGGAUGUGAUCGAAGGCAAUGUGAUCAUAUUCGACGAUAACGACGAUGCUGAACGUUACUCUGGCGAUGACUACGAGUACGAGCUGGAUGAAUUGGAAGAGGCCGAAGAAGAGGCGGAACCCGAAGAGGACGCGGAAGAGCAGCUGCUCAUCAAGCAGGAGCAAGAAAUAGGAGCCUUUGUACCGAUCACGUUCGAGGACUUUAGCUCCAUGUACCGAGCACCAGCCGAAACCGAAGCUGUUCCGUUGCAAAGCCACCAGGAAGCGGCCUUGCCCGUUCAGCCACCACCGCCCACAAACGAACGACAUUCGUCCAAGAAAACGGCAAAAGAUUCCCUGCUUGCGCGCAGCAAACCACCAAAGGGAGCGUUUAACAAACUCAUCUACGGGCUGCACAAGGACCCGAUCGUAAUACCGCCCGACGGGACGGAGCAGCCGCCCACCGGGGCGGCACCAGUGGAACGAGGUGAAAAUGUAAGUGCGAAGGGUGAGGCAAAGACCGUCCUGACGGCACUGCUUGCGGAAAUCCCCUCACCACCGGUUGAGCGCGUUCACGAACACCACCUCCCAAAGCUUGUUGUCCCUCCCGCGGGAACGUCACCAGGUCGCGCGCGCACACCGUCGCCAUCGGGCCAGCGAGCUGCAAGGGAAAGGCACGUUGAGUUUCUGUUGCCCGAGCGGGACCAACAGCCCGAGUUCGAGCUGGACGAGCCGGCAGGGUUUGAGCUGGAGCGCUCCUCGCCCGCCGGAGACAAUGGCAGCAAGGAGAACCUGUUCGUGCCGGAGUCCACCAGCGAGGAGGACGAGCUGGAACCGAACGAGUACGCGGAACAGUACAGCGAGUACGCGGAGGAGCAGGACGAGGAGGAGCUCGUGUACGAGAAGGAAGAAGAGCUGAUCGACGACAUCGACUCGGUGCUGCUCAAUCAGUACGGUUCGGACGAGGAGGAGGAACCACUGACUGACGACAACAUUCCGCCGGGUGGGGAAGACGAGGAGGAGGCGUCCGAUGUCGAUGACACCGAUCUGAUGCGACGGUUGGAGGAAAAGUAUGGCAAGCUGCCGGCGAUCGGUAGUGCAGCUUCGCCGGCGGCCACACCGACCGGGGGCAACGACGAGGAGGACGAGGCGACCGCUGCCGGCUGGACAAAAAUCCCCUCGAGGGCUGAAGAAGCUGAUCGGUCCUACCAGGAAGAACUGAGACGGGCUGAGCAGCAACUCGAUGAGAACAAGCCCCAGGAAGCGCUGGCCGCUUUCGAUCGUAUAUUGCUCCGAACGCCCAACUCGAUCGAUGCGCUAAUUGGCCGAGCGCGAUCGUUGGAUGCGCUGGCAGAGCAGCGGCGCAGUAACGCGAUCCUGACGGAAGCGAUCGCCGCCUACCGGAAGGUGAUCGGGCACGAGCUGUCCGUCGACGACGGUACGCUCAAAACGGUUGCCGAACGGUGCAUCGAUCGUAUGCGCUUCCAGGGCCAGCACGCGCAAGCGAUCGAGGUGCAUAACGUGCUGAUUCGACGAUUCGACAACGAACCGCUGUAUCGGAAUCAGCUCGCCGUAAGCUACCUUUACUUGAACAGACUUGCCGAAGCUAAAGCCGUACUGUACGAGACGCUUCUCCGCUGGAUCGACAAUGGGUUCGCGCUGGUACACUACGGCUUUGUGCUGAAAACGCUCGAUCAAAACAUGGAACUGGCGGCCCAGUACCUGCAGGAGGGCAUCGAAACGGGCCAUCCCGGUACGCAGGACGGCCGGUUCUACUUCCAGCUCGGCGAUGCGCUCCAGCGGCUCGGGCGCAACAGCGAAGCGCUGGCCGUUUACCGGAAAGGUGUGCAGAAGAAGCUCUUCCGCUCGGUGUACCAGCGCUCGCUGUACAAUGUGGACGGGCUGGCGGCCCGUCCCUACUGGACGGAGGAGCAAACGACGUACGCUACCGAGCUGGAGCUGAUCCGCGCCAAGUGGCGGGAAAUUCGCGACGAAGGCCUGAAGCUGCUCACCAGUGCCGGUGUGUUUGUAAACGAGUCGGAAAAUCUGCGCGACCGGGGUGACUGGAAGCAGCUGGAGCUGUUCUCCCGCGGGGCCCGAGUGGAGCGAAACUGUGCCCGUGCACCGUACACGUGCCGGCUGGUGGAGCAGUACUUUCCCGCUGCGCGCACGUGCAAGCGCGGGCAGGUGAAGUUUAGCGUGAUGCAUCCCGGGACGCACGUGUGGCCCCACUGCGGACCAACGAACUGUCGGGUGCGGGCGCAUCUUGGGUUGCGUGUGCCACCGGGGACCUACAUACGGGUGGCCGAAGAAACACGCUCCUGGGAGAACGGCAAGUGGUUGAUCUUUGACGAUAGCUUCGAGCACGAGGUGUGGCACAAUGGGACGGAAACACGGUUGGUGCUGAUAGUGGAUUUUUGGCAUCCCGAGCUUACGGAGAGUCAGCGGCGUACCCUGUCACCGAUCUAAUAGUUGUGUGGUACAGUACGAGCGCAAGGGCAGGAUUAACAGGAUGUGCGUGGAACGCAAAUGCAUUUUUACCCCCCCAAACUUCUCCCUUUUAAGAGCUUUUUACUUCUCCUUAUUAGCAGUAAGAGAAAGUGUUGUGGUGCCUUUUGCAAAUGCGAGUGAGUUUUACAUUAGAAAAGUAGCGUAGUAAGCGUAAAAAACAUUACUCAAAAAAGUCAAAAGUAAAAAGUGUACUUGUCUCGAAUCACACACGGCGGUGUGGUGCAACCAAAGUUGUCGCGUUUGUCGAGCCGUGGCCUACCUUACGUUCGUUACGGGUUAUUUGAGUGAGGUUAAACGGUGAUGUUUAUUAUUUUGUAAAGACAGAUUCAGCCCUGCAAAGAGCCUAUAAAGACGAACAAAAUGAAAAAAAAGGAUAAUUACAAGGAUAUAGACGGAAGAGACUUUGACGGACUAAUACGGAAGGACGAGAGAUCACAUUUGCUGAGACUGGAAAGAUAAUCUUCAGACAUUUAGGUGUGAGGAUUUGAUGAUCGGAUAGAGUUACCCCAGACACACCCAGGGCAAUAAUCACAAACAAAUGGAAAUGCAGUGCGCGCAGUGUUUUGUGAAAUCGGAAAGCGGUGUCUCCUCAUGGAAAUGGAGAUUAAUAAAUAGUAAUAAACGGAAA